AGUUCUCGUGGCUACAUUACAUUACGAGCUGUCAUACGCUGUGAAAAAAAUCGCUGCAUCGGUCCUCUGCUAGUAUUAUGGUAAUGACAUGCGGAGCUGUUUCUGCUGUGGCUGGAUCAUAAGUUGACUGGACUCAUAGACGAUCAUGUAUCGCUUAUUUUGACGCGAGUCGUGUCAGGCGCGUGCACUCGCGUUAAUAAAGUGAUGGAGGCAGUAGCUCGCGCGCGAUCGAGACUUUUCUUAUAAAUCCAGUGUACACUUCAUCAUUAUCUAUAUCUUUGUGCCUACUUACUGGCACCUCGUGCGAUAAUUGUCUGAUAAGAGCGUUGUUAUAUUCGCACCACUCGUAAUUGAAAUAAAAAAAAACACAGUUUUAAUUCUGGCUGGCUUCUUAAUCGGUAUGCGGUAUACGUGCUGUGGAGGUGUGUUGUCUUCAGCUCAUUUUUUUCCGUGAAUUUUAAUGCUCGUUGAAAUUCCUGACAAAUAGUUAAGGCUCAAGAUCGAAAGCAAAAAGAAAACAUGAUUGCCGUUUACGUGAUGGCGUUGCAAGGAUUCGUCCUUGUGACGGUGAAAAUUAUCCUGCUUGUAUUCGCCUUGCUGGAAAACGAUAUUGCCGGUCUGAGUAGCAAAGCUCUAUCACUCUACUGUCUGGUUUACGCCACAAGAGUCAUCGAAUGUAUUUUGAAGACUGUGCCGAUGUUUUACACGCUUUUCGAGUUGUCGAUUUUCGGCUUGACUCUGAUUAAUACGAUCUGCGUGUCUUGGAAAAGCAUCCACCCCAAGAUCGGCGAGAUGCUCAAGAAACACGAUACAUUCAACGGCGAAUUGCUGAUCGUCCCUUGCAUGCUUCUGUCUUGCUACUUGAUCGACGUCGGCCGGUCCAUGGAUCCCAGCGUGAUUUUCUGGAAGUUCAGCUUCUUGCUCGAAGCCGUGGCUAUGCUGCCUCAGUACCACUUCCUCAAGCGACACAAGGGCCCGACGCCUUCGUGCGCCAGCGACUUUGUCGGGGCGAUGGCCAUCUAUCACUCGUUGACGAUCCUCAACACGGCCUAUUGCUUCUUCAACGCCAUCGCUUACGAGCCCCUCGGCGCCUACACCGCGCUCAUACACUUGUACUUUUAUAUGGAUUACAUCUGGAACGGAAAAUCGGACAAGGAACGAUUAGCCCGCGAUGAAGCCGACAAGAGCUCGCGGGUUGUGGUCGUUGUCGAUCGUAAAACAAGCGAUGACUCCAACAGCAAGAAAUCAAACGAGAGCUGUAAGCAUUACCAGGAAAUCGUGCUUGCACCAAGUUCACUCGAGGAUAACAGCCUGAAAUCCAAGUCUCAAUGCCCAGCUUGUAUGUGUAGUAAUCGAGAAUGAGCUGUAAUGUAACAAUCGAACAAACUCAAAA